AAGCAAGCAAGUAACAUACAACAUCAAAUAUCGAUGAAGCUAAGUUGGUAGAUAGCAUUACAACUCUUCAACAAAAAGGAAGCUAAAGUAAAAACACUGGAAUAAGAAACUAAGGAGAUGGCCAAUUGAAAGUUGAAGCUCCACUACUUUGGCACGCAGGUUUCAAGGGUUUUCUUUUGUGUGACAUGAUCACACUUAUGGGAACUUGUUUUAGAAAUAUUAUCUCCAUGGAUAUCUGAAGUGGUGUGUGCACCCUCAAGUGAUGAAGCCCCAAUCGGAAAACCACUCUACAGAACCCAGGAAUCUGGGCCACUCUUCAAGUGCCAACUUCAAUGGAAUCAAUUUUGGUGAAGUUGAAGCCAAGCACCGAAUGCUUUUGGUCCAGUGGCUAAAUAGUCUUCUUCCAACGUUGAACUUGCCGGUAAAUAUCACAGAUGAUGAGCUAAGAGUAUGCUUGAACAAUGGUACAAUUUUAUGUCAAAUAAUGAACAAGCUACGACCUGGUUCAGUAAGUGAGGUCAGUGAAUUUGAUAAUUCUCCGUCAGCAAAGUCAGAGAAUGUUAAGAGAUUCCUGAAAGCCAUAGAUGCAUUGGGCAUGCCCAAGUUUGAAAUAUCAGACCUAGAGAAGGGCCAUAUGAAGUCUGUUGUGGAUUGUCUUUUAACACUUAGAGCCAAAAGUUUACAGAAUGCUUGGGGAGACAAUAUUUCUAUGACUAAUUCCAAAGUCAGAUCCAUCAUGAGUUCACCUUCAUCACAUGGGGGUGAUCAGAGGAAGAAUCCAUCAGAGUCAAAGUUCCAAAGUGUUUUGCGUAGUCCGGUUAUGGCUGUAAAGAAAUAUGUCAGGAGCAUAUCAAGGAAGACCAAGUUAGAAGAUAAACGUCAAGCAAAUUAUGAGACUGAAAACACAAUUCAGGAGCCAUCGGCUGCAUUAUUACACCAUGUAGGUCAUAAAUUUCAUGAGGUGUUUCAAAUGAAACACGGAAGCUAUGCUGAACUUCCUGCUGCAAAAAUCUCAGAACUGAUGAAAUCUACCAGUUUAAAUAAUGCUCCUACUCAAUCACUUUUGAGUGUUGUGAACGCCAUUUUGGAAGAAAGUGUUGAAAGAAGAAAUAGUGAAAUACCCCAUCGUGUGGCUGUCUUGUUGAGAAAAGUUGUCCAGGAGAUUGAGCGGCGCAUAUCGACUCAAGCAGAUCAUUUAAAAACACAAAACAAUCUUUUUAAGGCUCGCGAAGAAAAGUAUCAAUCAAGAAUUAGAGUACUUGAGGUUCUUGCUUCUGGAGCAAGGGAAGACAAUGAGGUUGGGGUUCGAAGCCCUAUUCGGCAACAGCAACAGACUGCAGUUACAAGUGCAAUCGUGCAGUCAAAGGAACAGAGUGAGGUGACUAAAAUGGAAGAAAAGAAGGCUUUUGAAUCAAUACAGUCUGAAAAGGCUAAAGAGGAGACAAAGACGGAAGAUAACCAAGAGGUAAUUCGGUUGAUGAAAGAGCUGGAAAAUAAAAACACAGACAUUUCAAAAUUGAAGCAAGAGCUCGAAAUAAUGAAGAAAGGUAGCCAAGAUGUUACUAGCUCUGUGAAAGAGAUGGAAGAUAAAAACAUGGAAAUUUCGGCAUUGAAGAAAGAGCUAGAAACAAUGAAGCAAGGCAACCAAGACCUUACUAAGGUUGUGGAAGAGAUGGAAAAUAAAAGGGUGGAAAUUUCGACAUUGAAGAAAGAGCUAGAAACAAUGAAGCAAGGCAACCAAGACCUUACUAAGGUUGUGGAAGAGAUGGAAAAUAAAAGGGUGGAAUUUUCGGCAUUGAAACAAGAAGUAGGAACAAUGAAGAGUGAUGACCAAGAUGUUGCUAGGUUGACAAAAGAUCUGGAAAGCAAAAAGAUCGAAAUUGCAACAAUGAAGCAAGAACUAGAAGCAUUGAGAAAAGGAAAUCAAGAUGUUGCUGGGCUGAUGAAAGAUUUGGAAAAUAAAAGCACAGAAAUUUCAACAUUGAAGCAAGAAAUAGAAACAUUGAAAAAAGGUAACCAAGAUGUUGCUAGGCUGAUGAAUGAUCUAGAAAAUAAAAAAGCAGAAAUUUCAACAAAGAAGCAAGAACUAGAAAACACAAUGAAAAAUGGUAACCAAGAUAUUGCUAGGCUGAUGAAGGAUCUGGAAAAUAAAAGCCUGGAGAUUUCAGCAUUGAAGCAAGAAAUAGAAACACUGAAAAAAGAUAACCAAGAUGUUGCUAGGAUGAUGAAGGAUCUGGAAAAUAAAAGCAUGGAGAUUUCAACAUUAAAGCAAGAAAUAGAAACAUUGAAAAAAGAUAACCAAGAUGUUACUAGGCUGAUGAAGGAUCUAGAAAAUAAAAACACUGAAAUUUCAACAAGGAAGCAAGAACUAGAAGACACAUUGAAAAAUGGUAACCAAGAUAUUGCUAAGCUGAUGACAGAUCUGGAAAAUAAAAGAACAGAAAUUUCGGCAUCGAAGCAAGAAAUAGAAACAUUGAAAAAAGAUAAUCAAGAUGUUACUAAGCUUGUGAAGGACCUAGAAAAUAAAAAUACAGAACUUUUAACAAAGAAACGAGAAUUAGAAGAAACAUUGAAAAAUGGUAACCAAGAUAUUGCUAAGCUGACGAAAGAUCUUGAGAAUAAAACCAUGGAAAUUUCAGCAUUGAAACAAGAAAUAGAAACAUUGAAAAAAGAUAAUCAAGAUGUUACUAAGCAGGUGAAUGAUCUAGAAAAGAAGAAUGCAGAACUUUCAACAAAGAAGCAAGAAUUAGAAGAGGCAUUGAAAAAUAGUAACCAAGAUAUUGCUAGGCUGACGAAAGAUCUAGAAACAACGAAGAAAACAUAUGAUUUACAGUGCUCACAGUUGGAAGCAGAAAUCAAGGGUGCUAAAGGAGAACUGAAAGAGAAGUCACAAGAAUAUGAGCAUCAGUUGGAAUCAUUAAGUAAUAAGAUUAGAGAGAAUGAGGCCUCUUAUGAGUCUGAAUAUCAAAAGUGGAACCUAAAAGUUAUCCAAUUUCAGAAAGCUACAACUUUUCAGCUUAGUUCAAUAAAGGUCUUGAAAUUGUCUUGGGAAACUGUUAAGCAGCAUGUGCUAAAUGAGCAACCAUUUUAUGCAGAAGAGUUUAAGCGAUUAGGUGUAAAUCUUAAACCAUUGGUAGAUGCAGCUGAGAACUAUCAGGUAGUUCUUGCGGAAAAUCGGAAGAUGUUCAAUGACAUUCAAGAAUUAAAAGGAAAUAUUAGAGUAUAUUGCAGAGUUAGACCAUUUCUCCCAGGACAAAAGGAGAAACAAUCUAUUGUGGAACACUAUGGUGAAACCGAGUUGGUUGUGGCAAAUCCUUCCAAACAAGGGAAAGAAGCCCUUAGAACAUUUAAGUUUAACAAGGUCUUUGGUCCAAGUGCAACUCAAGCUGAUGUAUACAAUGACAUUCAAGCCUUUAUACGAUCAGUACUCGACGGGUACAACGUAUGCAUAUUUGCUUAUGGCCAAACUGGUUCUGGGAAAACUUACACAAUGAGUGGUCCAAAUGGUGCAACAGCUGAGAGUGUUGGUGUUAACUAUCGAGCUUUGAAUGACCUUUUCAGCAUAGCGACUACCAGACAGAGCACCAUUUCCUAUGAAAUUGGGGUUCAAGUGAUUGAAAUAUACAAUGAACAAGUGCGAGAUCUGUUGACGACUGAAUCUACUCCAAAAAAGGUUGGGAUAUUGACUCACUCCCAACCAAAUGGCUUAGCAGUACCUGAUGCUAGCAUGCAACUUGUAAAAUCAACCGGGGAUGUCAUAAAGCUGAUGGACAUUGGCCUGAAAAAUAGAGCCAAAAGUGCAACUUCUAUGAACGAAAGAAGUAGCCGUUCUCACAGUGUGGUAUCGAUUAAUGUUCGUGGAGUAGACAUGAAGUCUGGUUCUACUCUUCAAGGCAACCUUCAUUUGGUUGAUUUGGCUGGAAGCGAGAGGGUAGAUCGGUCUGAAGUGACUGGUGAUCGACUUAAGGAAGCACAGCAUAUCAACAAAUCACUAUCUGCCCUUGGAGAUGUCAUCUUUGCUCUUGCUCAAAAGAAUGCUCAUGUGCCAUACAGAAAUAGCAAGCUUACUCAACUUCUGCAAUCUUCCCUUGGUGGUCAUGCAAAGACACUCAUGUUGGUACAAAUCAAUUCAGACGUAAAGUCAUAUUCCGAAUCUCUAAGUACUUUGAAGUUUGCUGAGAGAGUUUCUGGUAUUGAGUUAGGAGCUGCGAAAAGUACCAAAGAUGGGAAAGAUGUCAGAGAAUUAAUGGAGCAGGUGGCUUCUCUAAGGGACACUAUUUUGUCAAAAGAUGAGGAGAUUGAGAGGCUGCAAUUACUUAAAGAUCUGAAAUCUGACAAGCCUACCCCAGAAUAGGUAUUUAAAAAAGGUAGCUCUUGUAAAGACCAACCUGUAGCUCCAAAACAGUAGCAUAAAGUAGGAGUUAUGUGAAAAUCAGAGUCUCAGCUGAGAGGAUCCAUUUUCACAAGAGUUGCAAUUUCAUACCAUUUUACACCUGUAUAAAAUACACGUAUCCAUUCAUAUGUAAAUAGGAUAUUUUUUCUUUUUUUGUCAAUUACUCUCAACACUUAUUUUUAGCAUUGUAACCUUUUUGUGAAUAUUGUAAUAAUUUUAGACAUUGUAACAUCCAUCAAUUAUGAAUCUUUCGGAGGCAA